AUGCCUCGCUUCAGUUUUCCGGUCCCCGGCCGGAGGAGCAAACAGGAGCCCGUCGCUGCCAAGGCGCCGCCUCUCACCAAGGUCCAGAAAGUCCUAGGUUCCUCACAUAUCAAUGUCGACUCGGCCGCCUCAUUGCCCCUAUCCGAUGCGGCCAGGCACUGGGACACCGCCUCCAACGCCCACUCCAGCAUCAGCAUCAACGUGCCCGAGAGUGCCAUAAGCUACGACGAAACUCAUGAUGGCGGUCUGCCGAGCCUUACCGAAGACACGGUUGUUGACAGCCCUCGCGGCGGCCGGUCCGCGGGCUUCGACGAGGAGUCGGGCGUCCUGCCGCGGAUCUUCGCUGACGGCGACAUCAGCAUCGACUUGUACGGCCACGAGGGCCGCUCCAUCACGGACGCCUCAAGCCUUCGGCGCAAGCAGUCCGGCUCCACCAUCGUCUCAUACUACGACAAAUCCAAAGUUCCAUUGGGCAUCUCACAACAGACGUCGAAUUCGGCCAUGGCCAAGGGUCUGCCUACAAAGGCGAGCUCGUUACUCGACAUUGACGGCAGCCUCUCGCAAGCGUCAAGGCGCAAAAAGAAGCCGGCCAAGCUCGACCUCUCCCGCAUGUUCACCAACCGCAAGUCGUCCAGCACCAUGACCCUAAACACCGAUCGAGGGCUGGUCCUCAGUCCUGACAUGGUUACGCGCUCUCCAUCCUUCAUGUCCGUUUCCCCAAUGGACUACCUCAACCACCCGCACAGCAGCACCCGCAGCCACCACAAAGUACGACCUGUGACACAGGGCUCGAUGCGCGACGGCCUGUCUGGCAUGGCAAGUCCCAAGCAAAAGGUGCUGCGGAAAAAGUCUCUACCCAAUCCACGAUUAACAACGACAACACCUGCACCCCCUACUCCUUCCGCCACACAAGAAGCAGCCGGCCUCCAGAACCUGUAUGCACACUACGAACAGAUGACCUUCCGCGACGUCUUUGCCGAGCAGGACGCCGAGUCAUCGUCCGAGGUGCCUGCUACCGAUAGCGAAGGCGACGGCGCCGCGCCCAUGUCGCCCAUGUCGCCCAAGACUGUGCCUCAGAUUUACCAAGAAAAGAUGGAAGAAGAGGCGCGCGCCGGCAACUACCUGCCACAGAUCACCCUGGAGACACCGCUCUACAAGGACAUCUCGGCCUACUUGGGUGGCUACGGUGCCAACGUAGAUGUCGCGGCGGCGCGCGGCAACGACCCGCUCGAUCUUCCUACCCUCAAAACCCCCUUGGACGACGGUUCCGACAGCAUCUCCAGCCGACACACGCGGACUUCCAAAGCGUCGAAACGCACUGCCCAGAGCUUGCUCGAUAUCGACCUGAAGCAAACAAGCGUCCUGUCUCUGUCGUCCGACUCGGAGGACGACAUGGUCGAUUCACGCCCCAAGACAUCCUCCACUUCCACGCUGCCCUCGCCGCGGUCGCAACGAGACACCACACCAAGCGCUCAAGGUCAAGAAAGCCAGCACCCAACGACAUCACGCAGCCAGUCGUCCGGCAAGAAGAAAGACCGCUCGAGCGGCCGGUCCGACAACACCGUGCACUUCUUGCCCGUGCCCAACCCCAACGAGAGCCCGUCGCCCGGCCCCGUCCUGUCCGCAACAGCCUACUCCCGUGCUAGCUCAGCGUCUGCAUCGACCACCAGCACCACAAAACCCUCCAUCCGCGAUAUUCGGUCUCCGUCCCGCGAGUCGCACGCGUCGCGCGUUUCCAUGGCAUCAACACGGACGGGCAAUUCGGUCGGCCCGGCCAACUACACCGUACACGAAGCCCGCGCCAUCACGCUCAUUCCAGCACAGGGUGCCUCUUUCAAUUCCGACAAGGCGCGCAGCCGCACGUCCUCGUCUGACCAGCCGACCCCACCGCUGUCACCGACAAGCAUGGACUUUAUGAUUCGAUCCAACCGCGCAUCAGUCUACGAUGGCGAUCAGGGCUCAGUUCAGUCGGCUAACGGCAAUUUGCCGGCCGAUUCUAGCGCCCGCAGCCCCUCAGCAGGACCAGGUCGCUUCAUGGCCGUCACGCGCCAGGAGGAGCUGCUGCUCGCCGCCCUGCGCAAAAAGCGGCUUCGCAUGCGUGAGUCGGUCAUCGCCGAGUUUGAAGAGGAGGAGGGCAAGGAAAAGGAUAAGGAAAAGAAAACAGCCGAGAGCAAGGAGCAAGAAAUUGCAGCAUCGCAGCCAGCCACGCCCGUCCACGAGAUCCGUCGAGGAAGCAUUGAUGCCGUCCUCGAGUUGCAUUCGCCGCAGCCUCGAUCAAUGAGCGCCGCGUCCAUUAGCUUCAACGACUUUCCUAUGCAGUUCGAGGACGCGACCUUCCCCGUGCCGCCUUCGACCGGCAUUCGCAACUCUCUGCGGCCGAGCUCUGCCCUGUCGCUCUCAAUUCCUCUGUCUCCCCGGUCAAAGCCACCGACCGCCCAGCUGCCGCCGACACCGACGGCCAGAUCGACUCCCAACCCCGACCUGGACCGAGUGCUCAUGAACAUGAACAAGCCAACCUCGACUGUAGAGUCGGGCUCGGGAGCGUCCGGCAAGGUGUCCAACAGCAGUGGGAGUGGGACUGGCACGACCAGUGGCAGUGGCAGUGGUAGUGGCAGCCACAGCACGCCAGCGAGCGACCGCUCCGAAGACGUUUUCGGCAGUGCUGCCCGGAACACGCACAUUCAUGAUGGCGGGUCAAGCCCGCGCCUCAGUGAUUGCCUCAACUUUGACGACGAAGCCGAAGACGAAGACGAAGACGAAGACAAACGAGACGGCGCCGCCAGUGACAGCGCCGAGAGCUACGACUCGUUCGAUUUCCAGUCGUCUGUAGACCAGUCGCCCAUCGACCCGCCGGCAACCGCUUCUCCGCCAGCCUCCUCCGUACAGAACCAGCGCCCACCAACCCGUGGUCGCCAGCCGCAAUACCUUGGCGUGGCAAAGCCGACACGCGGCCCGACACUGCCGACUGUGCACGACGACAUUGACGAAUUCAGUGACUACGACGAGUACGAGAACGUCGUCAAUGACGACGAAGUGGGCGUCGACGCCACGAAGGACGGCUACCCGGUGCAAAACGUCGGCGCGUCGGCGGACCUGGCGUUUAACUCCUUUGGCAACAACAACAACAACAACAACAACAACAACUACAACGGCCGCAGGCAGAGCCUCGCGCAGAACAACAGCCACCACAGCUACUAUGGCCACGCCGACGACGACGAGCAGGGCAUACCGCGGCCAGACUCGCCGCUCGAGUCGCCUCUGCCCUUCCCGCACAAGCGAGCUGUGCGCAUCAGCGCCGUCGGCGGUGGUACGCGCGUCGGCAUGGAGGCCGGCUGGUGGGGUCACAACGGAUAG